AUGACAGAGCUGCACCAGGCUGCAGCGGCCGGCGAUUACGAUCAAGUCGAGGAGAUUCUGAAGCAAAAUAGAUGCAACCCCAACCAGAGAGACAUCGACUGGAGCUGCAAGACGCCUCUUCACUGGGCAGCAGCUAAAGGACACACAGAAACAGUCAGGAUCCUCAUAGAACAUGGAGCCAGGCCCUGUCUGAGGACGGAGCACGGCUGGACGGCUGCACAUUUCGCUGCAGAGUCCGGCCGGCUGGCUGUCCUCCGGCUGCUGCACUCCCUCCACGCGCCCAUAGACAAGCAGGACUGCUGCGGAGACAAACCAGUGCGGAUAGCCGAAAUAUACGGACACCAAGACUGCGUUAAGUUCCUCAAAAAAGCAGAGGCUGAGAGCCAGACCUACCGCAAGACAGCAGCCCAGAAAGGGAUUUCAGUGGAUGACACAGAUGAGGAGUGGGCAGAAGAGGGCAAAGAAAAUGAAGACAAAAGCAUCUCUAAAGGCAACAUACAGACUUAGGCUUGAACCACCUUUACAUUACAAUAACUUGUGUAACUUAGAAACAUGUAGCAUUGCUUAAAUCCCAGUUCUUUAGCAUGUAUACGUGAUUUUAAGGCAGCAAACAGACAAACUGUGAUAUGCACAGAACAAAUAUUACAGUAAAUUUAACUGGUCUCACUGGGAGUGAACAGAAAUAAACAACAGAAACAAUCAAGAUUAAAGUUAUUAUAUUUGA